GUUACUGGAGGCUUCUUUCAUUAGCUGGAGGCUUCUUUCAUUAGCUGAGUGCUCCUAGCAAAAUUACAAUUACAAAUAUUUCUUACAGCCAUCCUUCUCUGUCAACAAAUGUGUGGAGGGACUGCAGCUUUUGGUAGUGAUGUGUGUGACUAAGACACCUUGAAUCUAAUAAAACAGUUGCUCGUAAUCAGCAGGAUCUUCUAACAAGCUUGUUAGUCAUUUUUCUGCCUGUCAAAAACCAUUAUCACCUCCAAACAUGAAAAUAGCUGUGGAAGGCUGCUGUCAUGGCGAGCUGGACAAGAUAUACGACACCAUUGGUUACCUGGAGCAGAAGGAAGGCAUGAAGGUGGAUCUGCUGUUGUGCUGUGGAGACUUUCAGGCUGUGCGGAAUGAGGGGGACCUAAAGUGCAUGGCAGUGCCACCUAAGUACAGGCACAUGCAGACAUUUUAUAAGUACUAUUCUGGGGAGAAGAAAGCACCUGUUUUGACCAUCUUCAUUGGUGGCAACCAUGAAGCUUCUAAUCAUUUGCAAGAACUUCCUUAUGGAGGCUGGGUGGCUCCAAAUAUAUACUAUCUAGGUUAUGCUGGCAUUGUUCGCUACAAAGGUAUAAGAAUCGGUGGCCUUUCAGGAAUUUUUAAAAGCCAUGAUUACAGAAAAGGGCACUAUGAGUUUCCACCAUACAACCAAGAAACAUUACGCAGUGUCUACCACAUUAGGAACAGUGAUGUAUUUAAACUUAAACAGAUCCAGUUGCCAAUUGAUGUCUUCAUGACACAUGACUGGCCACGGGGAAUUUACCACUACGGCAGCACAGAGCAGCUGCUAAGGAAAAAACAGUUCUUGCGUGAAGAGGUGGAGUCAGGUACACUAGGCAGUCCAGCUGCUGCUGAGCUGCUUAAUCAUCUGCAGCCCAGCUAUUGGUUCUCUGCCCAUCUGCACGUCAAGUUUGCUGCCAUGAUGCAGCACAAGGGAAAGGGUAAUGCUGCACCAAAGACCACUAAAUUCCUCUCUUUAGACAAGUGUCUUCCCCACAGAGACUUUCUUCAGAUAGUUGAGAUAGCAGACAGACCUGGUUCUUCUGACAAGUUGGAGUAUGAUCCAGAGUGGCUGGCCAUCCUGAAAGCCACCUCUCAUCUUCAGAAGCCCUCGCCAAACAUCUGGCAUCCACCUGAGAAUAAUGGCCUUUACACCAGGUGGGACUACAGUGCUUCAAAGGAGGACAUGUUAGAUGUGGUGAGCGCUUUAAAUGGUGACCUAGUCAUCCCUGAGAAUUUUAGUUUGACUGUGCCAGCCUACGACCCAUCUCGCCCUCUGCCUUACACUUCCCCGUCCUACUGCACAAACCCCCAGACCACAGAGAUGUGUGCCACUCUUGGCCUGACUGACAUCUAUGCUCUGGCAAGCCAGGCUGCUAAUAACACUGCAACAGCUGUGGAGGGUGCCAGUGAAGAGGAGGAUGAGGACAACCAGAGCUCAGGUAGUGUAGACGAGCCCAGCGAGUACCCCACUGACACCUCAAUUCUUUCCAGUUCUUACAACCCUGAUGAGAUCACCAUUGAGGAUGAGUGGGAUGAAGAAGAGGAGAAGGGAAAAGAUGAAGGGAACAGAGAGCAGGAGGGCACAGAUGCAGUUGUACCAGUGGUUCCAGUAGGAGCUCAGGACAGUGAUAGAGACAGUAGCCCUCACAGAACAGCAGCAGGUAGACUCGUCUUACCAGCUCCUAAAGCUGCACCAGAGUCAGACGAGCCUUCAAAUCUGGGUUUCAGUGUUCCACCACCAUCUGCCUUUACACCGCCCUCUGCCUGUUUUUCCCAGAUGAGCUCAGAAGAAGAAGGAACUGCCUUACCAGCUAGAGUACCCAAGCGCUCUAGUGGAGAGACCAAAGAAACUUUAAAUCCCACAGACAGCACACCCAGAAUUAAACGCCGCAACCAGAUAAUUUACACAGCGGUUGAUGAUGAGGACAGUUAGGCACAGAGAGAGUAAAUAAAUGAUCGAGUGAUUCAAAUUUAAAAGGUGAAGGGAAUCUAUUUUUCAGUUACGUCAAGUGUUGACAUUUCCGUUUACAACACAUUUUUGUAAAGAGAUGUUCUAAAUUUAAGUUGCUGAUUUCUUACUUAUUUUUAGUAACUAUUUUUAAACUAUAAUUUCUUGCAUUCAAGGACAAAACCUUGAGUUUUAGAAUCUAACAGAAACUACCAUAUUUUCAUUUUGUUUCUGGAAGCACACCAUUGUUUUUACAUGCUUAAAUAUGAUUAUAAUGAGCUAAUUGCUUUUGAUAAACACUUCAACAUCACUUCAUUUGUCCUUUUGUCCUAUAUAUUAAGGUGAGGGCACGUGGGUGGCACAUCAGUAAAUUACACUAGCCCACUACCCAUGGGAUCAAGCUUUCAAAUCGUGAAUAAUACUAUUGGCUGGUUGAGCGAUGAGUAUAUCAAUUCAAAAUCAAAUCUACAGCACAACAAAGUGUGCAAAAAGAAAAAAAACAGGUCUAAAUACUGUAGUAUACAGUCAAUCCACUUUAAAUGGGUCUAGUUUGACUCGUGUCAUGCUGAAAAGAUGUGUGCAUAGUCGGACGUAAUUCAAGAGUCACUAAAAACAUGCCUAAUUUACAUUUGCAAUUGUAGUACAAGACGUGAUUUACUGGAGAUAGAAGGAACAAUGAAAAUCCAUUUUCUUGUCCAUUAAAAAAAGAAAAAUUUAAUACUAGUCACCAAGACUACAAAAAAUGUGGCAGCACUACCUUGAUUUUUUAUGAUUAGUGCUGCUCAGGUUGAAAAGUUGACAAUGUUUUGCAAACAAGUCCUGUGAACACUUGCUGUGGUCACAGUCUAUGGGCAGCUGUGAAGACCAACGUUCUGUUUAUUGCAGAAAGAACUGUUUUAUUUGACAUUCCAG